CAACGCUCGCGUCGCGUAACCCUCGACCACUUCGGUUUCGAUUUCUUCCCUCUUCCCAUUUUGAAACCAGCGGAGCGAGGCGAGCGGCGGCGGCGUGCCCUUGCCGGCGGCGCGCGGGGGGCGCGAUGCUACAGAUGCUCGGCCUCCGCGGGAGCCCCAGCGCGGGGGAUGCGGGCGGCGACGCACCCGUCAGGAACGGCGGCGAGGGUGGGGGUGGACCGGGGCGGCCGCUGCGGCUGGUGUACUGCGACGAGAAGGGGAAGUUCGUGAUGGACCCGGAGGCGGUGGCGGCGCUGCAGCUCGUCAAGGGCCCCGUCGGCGUCGUCUCCGUCUGCGGCCGCGCGCGCCAGGGCAAGAGCUUCGUGCUUAACCAGCUUCUAGGCCGAAGCAGUGGUUUUCAAGUUGCGCCAACACAUCGUCCUUGUACCAAGGGACUUUGGAUGUGGAGUGCACCUUUGAAGAGAACUGGUCUUGAUGGGACUGAAUACAACCUUGUAUUGUUGGAUACUGAAGGAAUUGAUGCUUAUGACCAAACGGGCACUUACAGUAUUCAAAUAUUUUCUUUAGCUGUUCUAUUAUCAAGUAUGUUCAUAUACAACCAGAUGGGAGGCAUAGAUGAAGCUGCACUUGAUCGCCUUUCACUGGUGACAGAAAUGACCAAACAUAUACGUGUCAGGGCCUCAGGUGGAAGGUCCACUGCAUCUGAACUAGGGCACUUUUCACCUGUCUUUGUUUGGUUGCUGAGGGACUUUUACUUGGAUUUGACAGAAGACAACAGAAAAAUUACUCCAAGAGAUUACCUCGAACUGGCUUUGAGGCCUGUACAAGGUGGAGGAAGGGAUGUAUCUUCUAAGAAUGCGAUACGGGAGUCCAUCCGUGCACUUUUUCCGGAUCGAGAAUGCAUUACACUUGUGCGACCUGUGAAUAAUGAGAAAGAUCUUCAGCGCCUUGAUCAACUUCCGUUGAAUAACUUCCGUCCAGAGUUUAGAUCUGGUCUGGAUGCUUUGACAAAAUUUGUCUUUGACCGAACAAGGCCUAAACAACUUGGAGCUAGCACCCUGACAGGCCCUGUCCUUUCUGGACUGACACAAUCAUUUCUCGAUGCGAUCAAUACUGGUGCAGUACCUACGAUAUCUUCGUCAUGGCAGAGUGUGGAGGAAGCAGAAUGUCGAAGGGCAUAUGAUUCUGCAAUUGAUACCUACAAUUCUUCUUUUGACCGGAGAAAACCAGCAGAAGAGGAUGCCAUGAGAGAAGCACAUGAAGAUGCAUUGAAAAAGGCUGUUAGUGUCUUCAAUGCUUCUGCUGUUGGUGCCGGGUUAGCUCGUUCAAAAUUUGAGAAGCUUCUUCAAACUUCUCUCAAGAAGGCCUUUGAGGACUACAAAAGGAAUACUUUUCUAGAGGCUGAUUUGCAAUGUUCGAAUAGAAUUCAGAGCAUGGAGUCAAAGAUACGGACAGCAUGCAACCGUCCUGAUGCAAAGUUGGAUGACAUAGUCAGGCUCAUUGAUGGCCUACUUACAGAGUAUGAGUCAAAAUCUUAUGGUCCAGGGAAAUGGAAAAAACUAGCUACAUUUUUACAGCAGUGUUUGGCGGGCCCCGUGCUUUAUCUUUUCAGAAGACAGAUAGAGCAUAUAGAUGCAGAAAGAAAUUCCCUAAGAUUGAAAUGCAGUUCAAAUGAUGAUAAGUUGGCACUACUUAGGAAGCAGCUCGAAGCAAGUGAGGGGCAUAGGGCUGAGUACCUAAGGCGCUAUGAGGAAUCUAUCAAUGAUAAACAGAAAAUUUCAAGGGAUUACUCCGGACGUAUUGCUGAACUUCAGACCAAGAGUAGCAAGUUGGAGGAACGAUGUGUGAGCUUGUCUUCUGCUCUUGACAAUGCAAAACGGGAAUCUGUUGAUUGGAAGAACAAAUACGACCACAAUCUGUUACAGCAAAAGGCAGAUGAAAGUAAGUUAAAGUCUCAAAUUGCUUCUCUGGAAUCCAGGGUAAAUAUCAGUGAGGGCAGAUUAUCUGCUGUGCGAGAACAGGCUGAGUCUGCUCAAGAAGAGGCAUCGGAGUGGAAACGGAAAUAUGAAGUUGCUGUAAGUGAGGCAAAAACAGCUCUGCAAAGAGCAGCUGUAGCACAAGAACGCACUAAUAAGAAAGUGCAAGAAAGGGAAGACGCUUUAAGGGCAGAACUUGCUAGCCAACUGUCUGAGAAGGAAGAGGAGAUCGCAAGAUUAAACACAAAAAUUAACCAAACCGAAAUUCAUGCCACAAAUUUGAUCUCAAGGCUUGAGGCUACUGAAGCAAAGUUGAAGAACCAUGAGUCAGAUUCGCUGGCUUUGAAAGAAGAGAUCAGAUCACUGACUGUUAGCUUGGAGUCUUUUAGAACUGAAGCUCAGUCACGUGAGAAGGAAGUGAAGAUCUUGGAACAAGAAAAAAACCAUCUUCAGGAGAAGUAUCUAACAGAGUGCAAGAGGUUUGAUGAGGCAGACAGCCGGUGCAAGGAAGCUGAAAGGGAGGCUAAACGAGCAACGGAAUUGGCUGACGUAGCUCGUGCAGAAGCUGUUGCUUCCCAGAAGGAUAAGGGUGAAGCGCAGAGGCUAGCAAUGGAGAGACUUGCGUUAAUAGAAAGAAUGGAGAGACAGGUUGAAGGUCUGGAGAGAGAGAAGAAUAAGAUGCUGGAAGAAAUUGAGCGAGUUGGUCAGUCUGAGAAGGAUGCUGUAUGUAAGGUUUCAUCGCUUGAACAAAGGGUUGACGAGCGGGAAAAGGAAAUUGAUGAGAUGAUGCAACGGAGCAACCAGCAAAGGUCCAGUACAGUUCAAGUUCUUGAGAGUCUACUGGAGACAGAACGAGAAGCCUGCGCUGAGGCCAAUAGGAGAGCUGAGGCUCUGUCACUGCAGUUGCAGGCAACUCAAAGCAAGUUAGAUAUGCUCCAACAAGAGCUGACAUCUGUUCGGUUCAAUGAAACCGCACUGGACAGCAAGCUUAAGGCCUCACAUGCAAGGCGCCUGAGGGGUGAAGCUACUGAGUCUGUCCAUGAUAUGGAUAUCGACGAUGACAACACUGGCAGGCGAAGGAAACGAUCAAAAAGCACGACGAGCCCGUUUAAGAGCAAUCACACCGAGGACGGUGGCUCUGUAUUUGUAGGAGAAGACACUAACAACGGGAGCCAGCAAGCGCAGGAGACGGAGACUGAAGACUACACCAAGUUCACUGUGCUGAAGCUGAAGCAGGAGCUCACUAAGCAUGGGUUUGGUGCUCAACUCCUGCAACUGAAGAAUCCCAACAAGAAGGACAUCGUCGCCUUAUAUGAGAAGCACGUAGUUGGCAAGUAGCGGUUUUCUAUUUAUGCGUGCUAGAUUUUCCCUGUUGCGAUGAACGUUGUUGUCACGGUUGAGGUGAGAGCGCGAAAUAACUAAUGUAACUUAGCCUGAAACUCCAGUUUGUGUUAUUGUUAACUUGGUGCAGUUUAUUUUGCAUGCAUCAUUGGCAAGUGUUUGUAGUACCUGUGUGGCUGUGUUUAGUUAUUACUCACUCUGUCUCAAAAUAAACUCAGCGUGUAGUUCAACUUAUUUUGGGUCGGAGGGCGUAGAAAUUUGGUUUGCAAACCCUUCAUUA